AUGAAAGAAUGGAGGAGAACUCAUUUGUACCCUACCUGUGAUCUCGUCGCGACGACUUCGACUUGGCAACGAAACUCUAUUCACAAGGAAGCAAUAUAUCGAAUCAUCGAUGCUGACGACGCCGUAUGGGGCAAUAUCAACGCGCAUGUACCUCUCUCCCGGCAGUUUCCACCCCCCUCUUCUCUCCGGGUGGUUCGCUCCGGAAUUGCAUCAUACGGGAUGGCCGGCAUACGAGGACCAUUAAGUGUGGGAGCUCGUCUCCUCAUUCAGGAAGUCGACGAGACUUCGGCUGACGGCUCUUUCUGGGUCCUUCUCUGGGGUGGUGCCAAUGUUCUAGCCCAAGCUUUGUGGAGUGUCCAGAACUCUCGAAGUACGGAAAGCUUAUCGACAUUCGUCCGGAAGCUUCGUGUCUACUCUAUCUCUGACCAAGACGACGCAGGGCCGUGGUUACAAACAAAUUUGCAUGUUUUAUAUUGCGAGCAUACAUUCAUUGAACAUGUAUGGCCUAGCGGCGUGGACUGGAAUCAGUGGAGAAGAGCAUUAUGGCUUCGACAGAAGCGGGCCUGA